UGUCUGACGAAGCAUGGCAUAGCAUCCCCGUCACGUUGGUUUUUCCCAUUGGAUUUUCCGGCUCUGAUAAGCUUAUCUAAGCGAUAAUGUCGGAGGACAACAGUAUUUUGUCUGUGUCGCAGUGCGCUUUGUAUACACGCAAUGUUUACGUCCGGUCAUGGUCACAAGAAACAUGACUGUCCGGAAGGACUGACCAUUGAGCAUUGUGGUUGAUUCCGCGCUACUAGGAACGAGAAAAUUCACUGUCACAAGGGGCAAGCGCUGCCAUGGCGAACAAAACGAUGUCCUGCAUUUUGGAGGGUCCUGCGAACGCAUUGGCAACAAAUAAGGAUGCGUCACAGGUCGCUGUAGCAGGCAGAAAUGUGUUCAAAGUCUUUGACAUCACCAAUGACGAAUUCGUGGAGAGGAUGAAUCUUCGAGUGGGAAAAAAUCUGAAUCUGAACUUUAGCUGCAGUGACGUUGCGUGGAACUCUGUUGAUGACCAUAUUCUGGCCACAGCAGCAACGAAUGGAGCUGUCGUGACAUGGAACCUCAACAAGAGUUCUAGGUCUAAACAAGAUAUGGUGUUCCAAGACCACAAGAGAACUGUGAACAAGGUAUGCUUUCAUCCAACGGAGCCCAACAUUUUGCUCAGUGGGUCUCAGGAUGGAACAAUGAAAAUCUUCGACAUCCGCAAACGAGAAGCGGCAGCUACAUUUCUUAGCUCUUCUGAAAGCGUUCGCGACGUACAGUUCUGCCCACAUAACUCGAUCACCUUCGUGGCCGUCCAGGAAAAUGGGAAUGUGCAGAUCUGGGACCUUAGGAGAACGGACAAGUGCGAGAGGCAGUUUACUGCCCACAGUGGUCCUGUAUUCACCUGCGAUUGGCACCCAGAGGAAAGGAAACUGCUGGCCACGGGUAGUCGGGACAAGACCAUCAAGGUGUGGGACAUCAGUGCCAAGCCAGUCGUGUCGUACUGCAUUCAGACCAUAGCAUCGGUUGCUCAUGUCAAGUGGAGGCCUCAAAGGAAAUUCCACCUUGCCAGCAGCUCCCUAGUUGUUGACUUUAGCAUCAAUGUUUGGGACGUUCGCCGGCCGUAUGUUCCCUUUGCCGCUUUCACGGAGCACAAAGACGUCGCUACUGGCUUUGCUUGGCGUAGCGACCCGAAGGUGUUGCUCUCUACAAGUAAGGACAGUACACUGUACCAGCACGUCUUCCAGGACGCCGUUCGUCCUGCUGACCGGGCCAAUGAACUUUCCGUCGCUCAUACUGUUGGUUGCUAUGGCGACGUGGCCUUUGUGACAAGCGACCGCUCUGGAGAAACAACGAUAAGAUCAAAAGCGAGCCCCCCUUAUUCAAGUGCAGCACGUUUUCCUGCAGUCUUCAAAAAGGCCCCUAGCCUUGCUGACCAGUUUUCACCAUCAAGCAGUGCUUUGGUUGUUUUCUCCAAUGAUGUGGAGGCAGUGUCCAUGGACUGGUUCUUGGAGACUGCAAAAUCAUACCAAUUGUGCGCACGACCGCUCCCAGAAUUGUGUGAGCACAAUGCAGCUGUUGCCACCCGACUCAACCGGCAUCACAUCGCCCAAACGUGGAAGAUUCUGAAGACACUUUACUGUUCCGAGGAACCGCGCCCCAGCGGCGGUGAGUUUCUCGGCCUGGGACUCGCAGAUGCAAGAGGAGCAGAAGCCGACCGCAGUUCUCAGGAAGGAGCAGCCUAUCAUGCGAGCAGGCACAACAGCAACACGACUCGCAGCAGAAACUUUAGCGGAGGCGGAAAGAAAGCUUCUGCUGCUGGUGUGGGCGUUGGCCGUCACCUGGCAGCCGAAAGGCAAUCACAACCCGUACAAGAAGCAUCGCAUAACACUGGUGACGAAACUGCCUCGAGUGGACUUGAAGAUGAGACUACCCUGACCUACAUUGCAAGCGGCAUGGGAAAUGCCCAGGGGGAUUUCUUCUUCAGCGAGGACGGAGAUAUAGGAUCGACAUUUGGUUUCAACCUACAGGCACUUACACUGGAUGAUGCUAACCAAGACUGGACCCUGCCAAACGAAGCCUUCGAACUCCGCCACCCAAUAAGGGACUCCCCGCCGGUUCCCGACCUGGGGCAUGACAAAAGCUCUCCAACUAGUGCAGAUGAUGAUGAUUUCAAGGAAAGCAGGAGCUUUCCGAGCGAACUCGAUGACCACACUAAAGUGCUGACAAUCUCUCGGCCUCUAGUCAUACCUCCUUGGAAUCCAAAGGAGAUAGUCAUAGAAAUGCUGUACGAAUACGUCGACGAGGGUGACGUGCAGACGUCCGUGUCAGUCAUGAUCGUGUUGGGCGAAAAGCUCAAGGGAUACAUCGAAGAAUCGACAUACGAAGCGUGGCUCCUGGCGUACAUAGGGCUUCUGAGCCACUUUCAACUCUGGAAUGUCACAGCACAAGUGAUCCAGUUGUGCAAUGUGCCGUCUGUGUCUUGCCUCAGUCAGCAGUCGACAUCAAUGCAUACCCAGUGCAUCACUUGCAAAAGGCCCGUUUCACGUGUUCCCUGGUACUGUGAUAGGUGCAAAGCGCUGGCAGGGGCAUGUGCAGUAUGCCACGAGCCUGUUCGAGGCCUCUACAUUUGGUGUCAGGGGUGUUGUCAUGGUGGCCACAUUCACCACAUGAGGGAGUGGUUCCAAAAAUGGAAGAUGUGCCCUUCGGGGUGUGGUCACCUCUGUGAAUACACAUAGGGCACCCUCCUCUCCCAUUCACCGUCCUAUGAACUCUGGUGGGUGAGUCAGUGAUAGGCCAACUCGUGAACCCCAUGGGUUUCUGUCAUUAGCUGGAACGGUGCUGGGCAGAUUGCCGUAGCCGUCACCAAAGCUGUUACCAAAGACUGUGAUCAUUGCAACGUUGUAAGUAUUGUACAGUAAGAUGUUUUUAGUUUCACCCACUUUUAGGAAGACACAAGCGGAGAAAGUAUUUUUAGUACUCGGAUGGAUUUCUUGGGCCCGAAAAAUGCUUGACCCGAUCAUGGGGUUACCUGAUAAUGGGGAGAAAUGAAAGUAAGCAACAAAUUGGGAGAGUUUUGUGUGAACAUCACACAUCAUUUUUUGUGUGCGUAUGCAUCAUUCAUAAAUUUCACUUGACACAUGCUUCUCACUGCCUGUAUUCGGGUGAAUGCCUGCACUUGUUGACAUCCUUCCAAUCGUCACAUUUGUUGCGUCCGAACGAAUAAAAGGUUGUGUGGUUAUCAAGGA